AUGGCCGACUUGUUCAAGCUGUCGGCGUCUCUAAGAGGGCACGAAGACGACGUCCGCGCCGUCGUAUUUCCUUCGGCUCGUUGUAUCUUCUCGGCCUCGCGUGAUGGCACCGUCCGACAGUGGCUCCUCACUUCGCCCAAUCCGCCCACCUACGAUGACACCAUUGCCGUCCAGGCUACCUCGUUCAUCAACUCGCUGACAUACGUCGCUCCCUCAUCUUUGCACUCCGAAGGCCUACUGGCUUCUGCCGGAAAGGAUACUAUCAUCGACGUCCGUCUUCCCUUCCAGAGUCCAGAGACCGAUGCCGAACGUUUGCUUAUUGGCCACGCCAACAACGUCUGCUCUCUCGACGCCUCGUCCGAUGGCGACACUCUUGUCAGCGGUGGAUGGGAUACCCAGGCAAGAGUCUGGAGCAUCUCCAAGGGCGAGUGCACUGCUGAGCUGAAGGGCCACGAGGCUGCUGUCUGGGCCGUCAUGAUCUACGACGACAAUACUAUCAUUACCGGCUGCGCCGACAAGACUAUCCGUAUCUUUUCGAAUCGAGGAAAGCUUCUCCAGACAAUCCCUGGUCUGCCUGAUGUCGUACGCGCGCUCUGCAAGUUACCCUCUGGCCAUCCUUCCGGCGCUGCCUUCGCCUCUGCAGGAAACGAUCAAGUCAUCAGACUCUGGACUCUCGAUGGUGUUGAAGUCGCCCAACUGCAUGGUCACACAUCGUUCAUUUACGCCCUUGCCGCCCUACCCAACGGCGAUUUGGUCAGUUCCGGCGAAGACCGAACUGUGAGAGUAUGGAAGGGCACCGAAUGCAUUCAGACCAUUACACAUCCUGCAAUUUCGGUCUGGGCUGUCUCUGUGUGUCCUGAGACUAACGAUAUCGUUACUGGCGCCAGCGACAAAAUCAUCCGAGUCUUCAGCAGAGAUCCGAGCCGCCAGGCGAGCGCUGAGGCUGUGCGUACGUUUGACGAGAGUGUCAGCUCGUCCUCAAUACCUCAGCAAACGGCUGGUGGAGGCCAGGAGAUCAACAAGGAACAGCUUCCCGGUCCAGAAUUCCUGCAUCAAAAGUCGGGCACCAAAGAAGGUCAAGUUCAGAUGAUUCGAGAAGGAGAUGGUAGCGUGACCGCUCAUACCUGGUCAUCGGCCGCUCAAGAAUGGAUCAACGUUGGUACCGUAGUCGACGCAGCUGCGAGUAGCGGUCGCAAAGUGACGCACGAGGGAAAAGACUACGAUUUCGUCUUUGAUGUUGACAUCACAGACGGCGCUCCUCCUCUGAAGCUCCCGUACAACAUCGGUCAAAACCCAUACGAUGUGGCAAGCAAGUUCAUUGCUAACAAUGAGCUACCCAUGACCUACCUGGAUCAGGUCGCCAACUUCAUCACUACCAACACUCAGGGAGCAACACUAGGAUCUUCUGCGCAACAACAGACUCAGACACCUGGAGCCGAUCCUUGGGGCAGCGAAAACCGCUAUCGUCCAGGCGAGGCCGGUGCUCCUGAGCCAUCAGGUGAUACGCGCCCACGAUCCUUGCCCCAGACCCAAUACCUCUCAAUCGCCACAGCCAACUUGUCCGCAAUUCGCAAGAAGAUCGGCGAACUCAACGACACAAUGUCGCCCGACGUCCAACUAUCAACCGAUGAUCUCAAAGCCUUGGACAGUCUAGUCAAACAACUCCAGACCAGCCCCAAGGAUCCCAAGCCUCAAGCAGACCAACUCAGUGCAGUCCUCAAAGUCGCUACUCAGUGGCCAUCAGCAAAUCGCUUGCCCGGCAUCGACCUUCUCAGAUUAUCUGCUGUCGCACCGACUUUUGCUAUGCACACCAGUGGCGGAGAGGGCACUAUCGUAGAGAUCCUCGCCAAGAGUGGUGUCUUUGAAGCAAACACCGACAAGCCUAACAACACGAUGCUCGCUGUUCGUGUCCUUGCCAACCUCUUCAUGACAGAAGAAGGCAGACUGAUCGCUGAUGGCUGCUUUGAGGACAUCAUCUCGUCGACUCAGCCAUUUUCCAGUACUUCUAACAAAAACCUGGCUACGGCGAUCGCGACCUUGUACAUCAACUACGCAGUGUUGCUGACAUCUAGUGCCCCUUCAUCAGAGUCGAAGACUAGGGAGCAGCGUGCUGCAGCCGUUGUCAAUGCUGCCUUGAAUAUCAUCAAGCCAGAUGGCGACAGCGAGGCCGUUUACAGAGCGCUUGUUGCAGUCGGUACACUGAUGUCAUUGGGUGACGAGUUCAGGAAGGAAGUUGCUCAAGCAAAGGAUAUUGGCAAUCUUCUUCAGAGUAUCGAGAAGAGUGCUUUGGGCAAGGAAAACAGAAUCAAGGCUGUCACCAACGAGAUGAGAGAUCAGUUGAGGUGA